AUGGAAUGGGUGUAUCCAAGGCGAGGAAGUGUGAAAGAGAACAGGGAUAAGCCGGCGCGCCAGGACGACACCCUGAAGUGUGCGCUACCAUCUGGAUACAUUUCAUUUCGAUCCCCAAUCGGCAGCGUGUCACAACCUAUACUUGACUCGCCUGACUCGAGUGCUUUUGCCUGCUGGAGCCGAUUCGGAUCAUUUGCGCUGGAAAUCUGCAUGAGGUUCAAAUACCUCAUCAGAAGGACGAGCGCAGUAAUACUGAACAAAGACAUCCAGCGGCAGAAUGACAGCUCAUCAGCGCCAGAACGACAGCUCGAGAGGUGCAUAACUUCCUGGAUACAACCUAAUGUUGAAGCUCAUCUGGAAAAAGACGAAGAGGAAGAAAGUUGGAGAAGAUUCGAGAUCCAGUACAUCGAUGACGCGAAACACCAACGGGUGUUCAUCUCGAGUCAGUCCUGGAAUCAGUCACUGGCAGCUAGUGCGCACAGAGAAAUUAAUGACCAUGGUGGAUAACGGGGUUGAAUGUAUCAUCAAUCAAUCGAUCACGAUCUGUAUUUGCAGUUGUUUGGUGUACGGCUUCAGC